AUGGUUUACGAUGGCAGACCGAGUAAGGGCUGCGGCAAUUGCCGCUCGCGCAAGGUCCGAUGCGACCAGACGCGACCGACUUGUCGGGAAUGCGCUCGACUCAACCUAGACUGCGUUGGAUACCGCGACGAGCUGACGCUGAUGUUCCGGGAUGAAAACGAGUCGGUUAAACGUAAAGCGCGCUCCUCUAAAUCUUCUUCUUCCACCUCUGGAACGAGCUCUUCAAAACGUCAGGAACGGCCACGACCAGGUCGUACUGUUUACUAUCACAAAAAUGCUGCGUCAUCGACGACCGGCGAAUCAUCUUUCUCGUUCGGUGAAACAGUGCUCGACUUUGGGUCCGAGCCUGAGCCUCACUUCCUGGCGCGGCAACUCAGGCAGAGCCCUAUCGCAACUCAUCCCGAUUCGGGAAUGUCAAAGCAGGAGGCUAUUUGCUUUUUUCUCCAGUCGCAUGCCCUCCCCGGCAGCUCUCUCAUGACGGAAUCUUUGACCAAUUUCCUCAUGCAGUCUGGUGGAUCCUUGGGCCAGCAGGCUGUACACUCCAGUAUUGUGGCAGUUGCUAGUGCUAUGCUUGCACGCAUUCGCAACGUCAAACCACUGCGACAGAUGGCGCGUCUGGAAUAUGGAUCCGCGCUCAAGCUGGUCAACCAAGCACUUGCCAAUGCUGACGAGGCCAAGACGAACCAGACUCUUGGCGCAGUAGUCUUUCUAUCGCUAUACGAAAUUGUUGUAUCAAGAGCCCCGCAGAAUAUUGAGGGAUGGACCAACCACAUCAGUGGUGCUGCAGCUCUGCUAGAAUACCGCGGCUUUGGCCAGUUACGUACCGAAACGGGCAUUCGGCUAUUUUUGCAUUUGAGAUAUCAGAUCAUCAUCAGCUGUCUGCAGCGUGACGUUCGUGUACCCGGCACACUACUAGAAACCACCAAGCUCGAUCUCUUCCCACAACUGAAGGAAAUCCUUGGCAAUAAACUAAUUCUGAUUAUCGGAAAACUGUCGAAUCUCCGCGCAGACAUCCACACAAGAGCGAUCGACGACCCCCAGGCGAUACUGACCGCCGCCUGUGCCAUCGAGGCAGAUCUGAUCGCCUGGCUGGUUGCUUUGCCUCCGGACUUUACGUACAGCACACAUACAUUGAUGCCAUUGGACCGCUCGUUCGAACGCCGAUGUCACGGACUCCGGCCCAUGAACAACGAAUAUCACCUCUACCCUGACAUCUGGGCGCCCAGUUGCUGGAACCACUACCGCUGCGCACGGAUCCUGGUCAGCGAGAUCAUACUGUCGCACACGCACCAGCUGUCCAACAACCCUGCUGCCUUUUUAUCCGAAGACUUUCGCCUGCACUGCAAGACUCUUCGCUCAACCAUCCGCCGCCUAGGGGUCGACAUCUGUCGCAGUGUCCCUUUUCACCUCGGGGUCUUUAACUCCGAGGCACCAGAAACACCCAUCCUUCCUCCCGAAAGCUACAUCGGUGGCCUUAUGUUGCUCUGGCCGCUGUUCAUUGCGGGCAUGGUCGAAGGCCCGACCCAUCCUCAACGUCAGUGGGUAAUAAAGUGUCUUGAUGUAAUAGGACACUCGUGGGGAUUGGACCAGGCGCUGGCGGUUAUGGACCUUCUCAAAGUGGACCCGGGGAUGUUUUGUUCGGCGGAGAUUUAUGGGGAGGCGGCUGAUCUGCCGGUUCAGUCGCCGGAUGUGCUUCCUUUUUCGAUCUUUCAUAUUCCGUAUUAUAAGCUCGCUGCUAAGAGGGAGUAUCAAUUGGUUCUCCUGUUCCACUCGAAAAAGCGUAUCUGUCGCCUUUCUGGCGUAUCCUGCUUUAACAAGGGCGACUUUGAAUUUCACACGCGCCGGGCGCCCUGGGAUGAAGACACGGCUAUCCUUCUAUCAUCAAUCAAGGCAAGCAGGUAUCGGGAACACCUUGUAACAGCACUCGAGCAUCAAGCCCAGCAUUUAUCUGCCAAGGACAGGCUCAUGUGUUUUAUAGUCCAUGCUCGUUGCUGGCAAUUGCUCUGUAUGCACAAGGUUUGGUCCCUCUCCGGAGGCGACAUAAAGAUUUUGAUGCAAGCGCUACACCACAAGAGUACCAGAUAUUGGAAACAGCCACUAUAUUCAACCGAAGAGGAUGACCCUCCAGGUUGCCUUUGGGAUUCCAUUGACGACAGUGACCCACCGUAUUUGGAUCCAUUUUUCUGUCGGCGUGCACACACUAUAAUCCAAGAGGCUCGACGCAGAACACGUAAAAGGACUCAGGCUAUACGAUACGGGGAUAAGGAGACUCAUUUGGGUCGUCUCCCACCAGAAAUCCUACUCCUGGUUGUAGAUUUACUCUCGCCUAAAGAUGCUGUAGCAGUCCAAAAAGCGAUGGGAUGCUACUUGGGUAAUGCGCAUUGGCGCGCGAGGAUACCAGAUCUUUUUCACGAAGUUCGAGAUGUGUCUAGUGAGGAUCUCGACUGGGAGUAUCUAUGCAUUGAGCUGAAGCAACUGGAGUCUCAGGAAGACGAGGACUUGGAAGUUCGCCGUUUUGUUCUGAGGCAGCUUGAUGAGCUUAUGGAUUACAUUCCUAAAAGUUCUAAUAGUAUAUAG